AUGCAUCGCUUUUUUGCAGAGCUGGAGCCAUCUCUAUCCGUCACUGAGCAAAACCUGGCGGACCGAGUUCGGUACAUCCUGCGCUCCAACAUAUUUGGUGACGCCGAACUCGAACGACUACGACGUGAGGCUGUUCCCUCAUUGAAUGGAAAUGCUACGGUUGGAAAUACGGCACCACUAGAUGCGCAGCAAACUGCAUAUGUGGAUGCUGCCGUAAAUAUUCUAUUUGUGGUUAAUUCAGACGAUGAUGGAAUAGUCUCCCACAAACUAGAGAAAAUGAGGAGCUUAUUGGAAGAGUCGAUGCUGGAAACGCGCAGCAUGCCUCUCGAAAAUCGACCGCGACUUCCCCCGCAUUCCCCUUAG